CGUCACGGAUAACAAUGGCCGCCAGCGGCUCAGCUGUGACAGUUCUGACUCCAAAUGGGAGACGACAGACAGUCAAAGUGUCACCUAACACACCGCUGUUACAGGUGCUGGAGGACGUGUCCAAAAAGCAUGGAUUUAACCCCGAGGAUCACGGUCUGAAGUUUCAGAGGACUGUUCUGGACCUGACGAUGCCAUGGAGGUUUGCUAACCUGCCAAACAAUGCUAAACUGGAAAUGGUGCCAAGUGCUAGAAAACAGGCAGUAGCUGACAGCCAGGUGCGGAUUGCCCUGCAGAUGGAGGACGGCUCUCGUCUCCAGGAUUCUUUCUCUUGUGGACAGAGUCUGUGGGAACUGCUGACACAUUUCCCUCAGAUCAGCACAUCGGAUAUGAGCCAGUCCACCCCUGUCUGCGUGUACAUGAGAGAUGAGGUGUGUGGGGAGGAAGCCCUCAAAAACACUUCACUGAAGUCUCUGGGUCUCACAGGAGGAAGUGCCAUUGUCAGGUUUCUGCUUAAAAAUAACAAAGCACAGGAUGAGGAAGAUGGCAGGGAUGCUACUGAGCCAGAUGCUGUGUCAACCACCCCUGUUGCCAAGGAACACACACCCAGCCCAUCGCCCCAGACUGACGUUGUUCCAUCACACCCCAAAAUUUCAACAACAGAGACGUCAGCUAGUAAUUCAGGUCCUGAUAGGCCAGAGGAAACCCCACAUGCACCAAGUCCUGUCGAUGCCAUAAACACGCUCCCUGUGAGACCAGAAGAGCCCCCAAAUGUCCAGGAUGCAGUGCGACCUAAGGAGCCCCCUCCUGCCGAAACACCCUCCACCUCCUCUUCCGCCUGCUCCUCCUCCUCUGCUCCUUCGGCUCCAUUCAUUCCGUUUUCUGGAGGGGGUCAACGUCUCGGAGGUCCAGAGGGAGGUGCUCGGCCUUCAUCGUCGUCACUGUCAGCUCUGACCGCUGCUGUAGAAUCACCUAAGGCCAAGAAAGCCAAGUCCAGUCACAGCUCAACCCAGAAGUCUCAGUCCACUUCCCAUCACCCAGAUGAGGACAUGGACCAGGGAGAGGAAUACCUGGAGCCAGUGGAAAGGGAGCCUCUCAUCUACCACUUGGAUUCUUUGUCUCAUCACAUGGAUGACAACAGGGAUCUGCCCGACGAGUUCUUUGAGGUGACGAUGGAUGAUGUGCGGAAGCGUUUCGCCCAACUGAAGAGCGAGAGGAAGUUGUUGGAAGAAUCUCCACUGAUGACUAAAGCUCUGAGAGAAUCCCAGAUGAAGGAGAAGAUGGACAGAUAUCCCAAAGUGGUCCUGAGGGUCCAGUUUCCUGACAGACAUGUUCUACAGGGCUUCUUCAGGCCCCUGGAGACAGUUGCUGCUGUCAGACAGUUUGUGAGGAGUCACUUGGAAGAUCCAAAGCUGUCUUUCUACCUAUUCAUCACCCCCCCCAAAACCAUUCUGAGUGACCCUUCAACUACUCUUUUCCAGGCCAACCUGUUUCCUGGUGCGCUAGUAUACUUGGGGUCUGAUGCUAAGACAGGCUGCUGGUUAAAGAAGGAACUGCUACAGUUCUCUGUUUCGGCUUCACAAGCAAAUGAGUCCAUUGCGAGCUGCAUGUUUCCACCCCCAACACCUUCAUCCAGCUCUUUGGGCUCAGAGGAACAUCAGCCCCCUCCAGAGAUGAAGCCAGACACUAGUGGGUCUGCACAAGAAGACUCAUCUGCUCACAGCCAGGCUGCUAAACCCACCAGAUCUGACCCCGGGAAGGUGCCUAAGUGGCUAAAGCUUCCAGGUAAAAAAUAAUCUGCUGGUGUUGUUGCUGCGUGCUGAUUGGAAGACUGGCCAUGACAGACAUCCAACAGGCUCUGCCGCUCGGACCGAGCAGAGCACUUACACUUCGACUGCGCUUCAAGAAACAGCUGAGUUUUGUGACUGCAGUGGACUCGAUCCAUUCUGGAGGAAGCCUGCACACAAUUAGGUCUUUAAACAAAAUUGUAAGAUUCAUGAUUGAGUAAACAGUGAAUAUUUCAUGGCCAAAGACAGUUGAUGCUUUUCAUUCCGGUUAGAAGAAAUAGUGCUGUUUAUUCAGCAGUGGAACAUGCAGAGUGAAUAAAGACUGUUGUA